AUGAGCGAAGAAGAAUCCUUGAGGACCCUCCAGGAGACGCACCCGGAAAUAUUCACGGAGAGUGUUGAAGGCAUAAAAAGUAAAACAAGAAUGAUAGAAAAUGAGAUAAGGAUGUUAAAAAGCCAUUUAACCGCAGUGACAUACGAUUUUGAAGCAAAGCGAGAGAAGAUACAGGAGAACAUGCAGAAGAUAGAGCUAAACAAGCAACUGCCGUUUCUAGUGGGGAAUGUGGUGGAAGUGCUUGAUUUAGACACAGAGAAGAAAGAGGUUGAAGAAGGGUCAAAUGUGGACAAGACCAUCAGCAAGCAGGGUCUGUGCGCUGUAGUGAAGACUUCUAACAGAGUCACUUCAUUCCUUCCAUUUGUUGGUCUGGUUCCUGCUGAGGAGCUAAAGCCCGGGGACUUAGUGGCCCUGCAUAAAGAGACGAAUAUUGUUUUUGAGAAGCUGGAUGAUGACUUUGACAUUCGGGUUAAGGCCAUGGAGUUAGAUGAGAAACCAACCGAUUCGUAUGAAGAUAUUGGCGGGUUAGAGCGGCAGAUGGAGGAACUCUAUGAGGGAGUGAUUCUUUCAAUAACUCACCCGGAGAAGUUCAAGAAGUUAAACAUCGUGCCACCCAAGGGGAUUCUCAUGUACGGUCCACCAGGGACUGGUAAGACUUUAAUGGCACGUGCGUGUGCUGCUAAGACAGGGGCCACUUUCCUAAAACUAGCUGGUCCACAGUUAGUCCAGAUGUAUAUAGGAGAUGGUGCCAAACUGGUCCGGGAUGCAUUUGCACUGGCCCGUGCUAAAGCACCUGCGAUUAUUUUCAUUGAUGAAAUAGAUGCGAUCGGCACUAAAAGGAGUGACUCCGACAGCACCGGGGACAGGGAAGUCCAGAGAACCAUGCUUGAACUACUGAACCAAUUAGACGGGUUCUCUGGUACGCCUAAUAUAAAGGUUAUUGCAGCCACUAACAGGAUAGACAUACUCGACCCGGCACUUUUACGGUCCGGUCGGUUUGAUAGGAAGAUAGAAUUCCCCCUCCCGAACAAAGAGGGCCGGAAGAGGAUCCUUCAGAUUCACUCCAGGAAAAUGGCGAUGGACCCGAAUGUGAACCAUGAAGAACUCGCCAGGUCAACAGAAGGGUUUAAUGGUGCACAGUGCAAGGCCGUCUGCGUAGAGGCAGGGAUGAUCGCUUUAAGAGCCGGUCGGAACAUGAUAACCCAGAAUGAUCUGAUAGAUGGCGUACAGGAAAUACUCUCCACUAAGAAGGCAAGCCUGCACUACUUCUCAUAAAUAAAUCUGUCU